AGUAUUUGCUACAUUACUCUGGCUUAUUCCUCCUUAUUUUCUUGAUGAGAUGAUUGACCCUUCAUGAUGUUCUAUGUUUUUAAAAUAAUAAUAAUAAUAAUAAUAAGUCGUAAUCUUUGUGCAUUAAUUUUCAUUUGUUUGCUUAAAUAAUCUCUUUGUUGCAUUUCAGCGGAUAUCAAUUGCUACGAGAUCCACACUACAACAAAGGGCUUGCCUUUACUGAGAAAGAGAGGGAUGCCCACUUUCUACGUGGUCUUCUUCCCCCUGGCAUUGUUAGUCAAGAGAUUCAGGUUAAGAAAAUGAUGCACAAUAUGCGUCAGUACCAAGUACCAUUGCAAAGGUACAUGGCUAUGAUGGAUCUUCAGGAAAGAAAUGAAAGGCUGUUCUACAAGCUUCUCAUUGAAAAUGUUGAGGAGCUGCUCCCAGUGGUCUACACUCCAACUGUUGGUGAGGCCUGCCAAAAAUACGGGAGUAUCUUUAGGCAACCUCAGGGUCUCUUUAUAAGUUUGAAAGAAAAGGGAAGAAUUCUCGAGGUUCUGAAAAAUUGGCCUGAAAAGAAGAUACAAGUUAUUGUCGUGACUGACGGUGAGCGGAUUUUGGGGCUUGGAGACCUUGGCUGCCAGGGAAUGGGGAUACCCGUAGGGAAGCUUUCCUUAUAUUCAGCUCUUGGUGGCAUUCGUCCUUCUGCUUGCUUGCCCGUGACAAUUGACGUGGGGACAAACAAUGAGACAUUGUUAGAGGACGAAUUUUAUAUUGGGCUCAGGCGAAGGAGAGCGACUGGGCAGGAAUAUUCCGAACUUCUGCACGAGUUUAUGUCUGCAGUCAAGCAAAAUUAUGGGGAAAAAGUCCUCAUUCAGUUUGAAGACUUUGCAAAUCAUAAUGCAUUUGAUCUCCUUGCGAAGUAUGGGACUUCCCAUCUUGUUUUCAACGAUGAUAUAGAGGGGACAGCAUCUGUGGUCCUUGCUGGGCUUAUUGCUGCAUUGAAAUUAGUCGGGGGAACCUUGGCUGAACAUAGGUUCUUAUUCCUUGGAGCAGGAGAGGUGUUUCUCCCAACUCAUCUAUAUAUUAUGUUAUUAAUCAUCUCAUCUAAAAGAUUAAGCGGUAUAGAAGUAUCACAUCUAUAUGUGUGUGUGUGUGUGUGUGGACAAGCAGCUUUGUUGGUUUCCUUGGUAUUUUUCAUGGUUCACAAUUCUUAUGUCGGUUUCCACAUGAGAUUUCUCAUGUGCGGACCAAGAACAUCCUUAUCAAUGCCCACGCCUCACACGUAUUGA